UACAUGUUUCUAGCCAACUAUACCGGACAGAAUAUUAUAGAUCAUACUAAUUAUGUAUUCAUUACUGCGUAUAGUAUUCAAUGGUAUAUGACUCCCAUAUACAUUCAAAAAAUGAUACUUUUUCUAUUACAAAGAGGUACCAAAGAUUUCACUUUAAAUCUCAAAGGACUGUUUGUCGGAUCGUUUGAAUGUUUCGCUAUGCUGGUGAAAGCUUCGAUAUCUUAUUUUGUUGUUAUAUAUUCGACGCAAUAA